GUCAUAGUCAGGUCGAGCUGUGAGGUGCCCUUCGUUCACCGGCUGCCGGUUGUAUUUCCUUCUUCCUCUUAUCUCAGGUGAUAUUUCAGAUCUACGAAGCAGUUAUAUUAAAAUCGCACCAUGCAGUUGCUACGAGCCUACGUGGGGGCUCAGAAGGCGUCCAUCUUCUGUGGCAAGGCCGUGAAGCAGCCGAUCAACCGGCUGAUGUGCACUAAGGCAGAGAAGGCUGAGCCGAAGGCGGCGCGCGGCACGCCGUACAAGCAGAUGACGAUCGGCAUCCCGAAGGAGAUCUUCAAGAACGAGAACCGCGUCGCGAUCAGCCCGGUCGUCACGGCCGCGCUCGCCAAGAAGGGCUUCACCGUCAACGUGGAGGCGGGCGCCGGUGUCGGCGCCAAGUUCUCCAACCAGGACUACGAGGCAGCGGGCGCGCGCGUCGGCGACAAGAACAAGGUGUACGACUCGGACAUCGUGCUGAAGGUGCGCGCGCCGGCCGCCGCCGAGCUGCCGCUGCUGCGCCAGAACGGCACGCUGAUCAGCUUCGUCUACCCGGCGCAGAACAAGGAGCUCGUCGACCAGCUCGCCGCCAAGAAGAUCACGCUGUUCGGCAUGGACUGCGUGCCACGCAUCAGCCGCGCGCAGGUGUUCGACGCGCUCAGCUCCAUGUCGAACAUCUCCGGCUACAAGGGCGUCAUCGAGGCCGCCAACCACUUUGGCCGCUUCUUCACAGGUCAGAUCACAGCUGCAGGAAAAGUGCCUCCGGCUAAGGUUCUGGUCAUUGGCGGUGGCGUUGCUGGCCUCUCGGCAAUCGGAACAGCGAAAAGCAUGGGUGCCAUAGUGCGUGGUUUCGACACCAGAGCGGAAGUGAAGGAACAAGUGCAGUCUUUGGGUGCUGAGUUCUUAGAAGUAGACAUUGAGGAAUCUGGUGAAGGAACCGGAGGCUAUGCAAAGGAGAUGUCUCCAGAGUUUAUCAAAGCUGAGAUGGAUCUGUUCAUGAAACAGUGCAAGGAAGUUGACAUCGUCAUCACGACGGCACUCAUUCCUGGCAAGCCUGCACCAAAACUCAUAUCUAGGGAAAUGAUUGAGGCGAUGAGAGACGGGUCCGUGGUGGUUGAUCUCGCUUCGGAGGCUGGCGGCAACAUUGCGACGACGAAGCCGGGUGAACUAUACGUGUACAAGGGAGUGACACACGUCGGCUACACCGAUCUACCAAGCAGGCUGCCAACGCAGAGCAGUACGCUGUACGGAAACAACAUCUCGAAACUCCUGCUGUCGUUCGGUGAUGGAAAGGAGAAUUAUUACCUCGACAUGGAGGAUGAGGUUGUGCGUGGAUCGAUGGUUCUUCACAAUGGCGAGUUGAUGUGGCCGCCGCCGCCGCCGAAGGAGAUUGUGCAGCCGGUCGUCGCUGCCAAAGCUGGAUCCGCCAUUGUGAAGAAGGCUGAGGUGAAUCCAUUCAAGGACAGACUGAAUCAAUCGCUGGUGUACAGCACAGGUCUCACUGGAAUUGUUGGAUUUGGUGCUUUAGCACCAGAAGCGUCUUUCACAACAAUGUGUACCACAUUCGGCUUGGCUGGCAUUGUCGGCUACCACACCGUUUGGGGGGUUGUGCCAGCCCUUCACUCGCCCUUGAUGUCUGUCACAAAUGCCAUCUCUGGCAUCACCGCUGUUGGUGGUAUCCUCAUGAUGGGAGGCACCUACAUGCCCCAGACAACGCCACAGAUCCUGGGAGCCAUUGCCUGUUUCAUCUCUAGCAUCAACAUCACUGGUGGUUUCCUGAUCACAAAGAGAAUGUUGGAUAUGUUUAAGCGACCGACGGAUCCACCGGAGUAUAACUACCUGUACGCGCUCCCAGCAGGACUCUUCCUAGCUGCGUACGGUGCAGCUGCCUAUAACGACUACUCGAACGUUCAUCAGAUGAUGUACCUAGCGUCGUCACUGUGCUGCGUUGGAGCCCUCGGUGGUCUGUCCACGCAGUCGACCUGUCGUACGGGCAAUGCUCUCGGGAUGAUCGGUGUAACGGGUGGCAUCGUUGGAACCCUUGCGACCCUCGACAUCUCGCCCGAGGUGUACGCACAGAUUGCCGGUUGCAUGGGAAUUGGCGGCGGCAUCGGUCUGACGAUCGCCAAGCGCAUCGAGGUGACCGACCUGCCGCAGCUCGUCGCUCUCUUCCACAGCUUCGUCGGCAUGGCCGCUGUACUGACGUGCCUCGCCACCUACAUGCACGAGUACCCGACAUUCGCCACCGACCCAUCGGCCAACGUCAUCAAGACCGCCCUGUUCCUCGGAACGUACAUCGGCGGCGUCACCUUCAGCGGUUCUCUAGUCGCCUACGGCAAACUGCAGGGACUGCUGGACUCUUCUCCCCUGCUCCUCCCUGGCCGCCACAUGAUCAACCUUGGUUUGGGUGCGGCCAACAUUGGUGCGAUGAUCUGGUACAUGGCUGACCCAUCCUACAGCCUAGACCUUGGCUGCUUGUUGACCACAGCUGUGCUGUCGUCCGUCAUGGGUGUAACUCUGACUGCUGCCAUCGGAGGUGCCGACAUGCCGGUGGUCAUCACAGUGCUGAACAGCUACUCGGGCUGGGCUCUGUGCGCUGAGGGAUUCAUGAUGAACAACAACCUCAUGACGAUCGUCGGUGCUCUGAUUGGCUCCAGUGGAGCCAUCCUCUCGUAUAUCAUGUGCAAGGUAAUGAAGAUUUUACUACUAAUACAGCCACAGGUUCCAGGGGUAGAAAUUAACUUUUGA